GCAGUCUUGAUAUGAGUCGUGUAUUGUCAACAUUUCGCAAGUAGUGAAGCGGUAAAGCUCCUCUCGUGGUCUGACUGUGAUUCGCUCACUGGUCGCUGAACUGUCAGCAGCUCGAGCGACGAUAAGAGCCACUCACGGCUCUUGUGAUGUUCCCUCAUCUCAACUUGUAAUGUUUUGCUCCUCUGUCAACACCGUGUCCGAAGUGACAGUUUGACUGAGUUUACUUUUACGCGCUUGUGAAAAAAGCAGGAGAACUUUACGGAUUGCAAAGUUUUUAUUUCCAUGGUAUACUACGAACAUUCACGGAAGAAAAAGCAGCUGAGAUGGACGCCCCAAAAUUGGUUUUAUUGGUUUCAACAUUGAGCUCCUUGUUUUCCCCGGUUGGUGCUGUUCAGAUGUGUGACGUGGUAAAUGAGAUUGAGCUGGCAAAAGCGAGGUGCGAGAAUAAAACAGCAGGAAACGUCACAUCAGGCUGCAAAGGGAUGUGGGAUAUUAUUGCUUGCUGGCCAUCAGCCAAAGUUGGGGAACAUGUGGUUAUUCCCUGUCCAAAUUACUUCAGACACUUCUCUGAUCAACAUGAGGGUAACCUCUCAAAGACCUGUACUGCUGAUGGCUGGACCGAGAUGGACCCGAUGGAAAUCGCAGUACAUUGUGGCUAUAAUCUUAAUGGCACUGUUGACGAUGAUAGUUUCUUUAGGUCGGUGAAGAUCGGCUACACCAUCGGGCACAGUGUUUCUGUCAUCUCUCUUACCACUGCCAUUGUCAUAAUUUGUAUAUUCAGGAAACUCCACUGCACGCGGAACUACAUCCACAUGCACCUGUUUGUGUCCUUCAUUCUAAAAGCCAUCGCCGUCUUUGUAAAAGAUGCAGUGCUCUACGAUGUUAUUGAAGAGUCUGACAACUGCUCCACUGGUUCUGUUGGCUGCAAAGCUGUGAUUGUCUUUUUCCAGUAUUGCAUUAUGGCAAGCUUCUUCUGGCUGCUAGUCGAAGGUCUGUACCUUCAUGCUCUGUUGGCCGUCUCCUUCUUCUCAGAGAGGAAGUACUUCUGGUGGUACAUUUUAAUUGGUUGGGGAGGUCCAAUGAUUUUCAUCAUGGCUUGGAGCUUUGCCAAAGCUUACUUCAAUGAUGUCGGAUGCUGGGAUAUAAUUGAAAAUUCUGACCCAUUCUGGUGGAUUAUCAAAACCCCGAUAUUAGCUUCAAUUCUGAUGAACUUUAUCCUCUUCAUUUGUAUCAUUCGGAUACUGCGGCAGAAGAUCAACUGUCCUGACAUUGGGAGAAAUGAAUCAAACCAAUAUUCGAGGCUGGCAAAAUCCACACUUUUGUUGAUUCCACUCUUUGGGAUAAACUUCAUCAUAUUCGCUUUCAUUCCUGAGAACAUAAAAACUGAGCUAAGGCUCGUGUUUGACCUCAUUCUUGGGUCAUUUCAGGGUUUUGUGGUUGCUGUACUCUACUGUUUCCUGAAUGGAGAGGUCCAAGCUGAGAUCAAGAGGAAAUGGAGGCGAUGGCACCUCGAAAGGUUUCUGGGCCCUGACACCAAAUACCAGCACCCAUCCAUGGGCAGCAACGGCAACAACUUCAGCACGCAGAUCUCCAUGCUGACUCGCUGCAGCCCCAAGACUCGCCGCGCAUCCACAUGUCAAGACGAGACGUCCAUCACAGCUUAACUUAGCAUCUAUAAUGAUGUGGUAUUGUCACCAGAAUGAGACCGUGAGAGGACAUGAAGAUGUUCAGGAAGUGUUCUAGUGAAAUUCAGUUCUGACCUUUAGACUGUAUUAUACAUUUUUGGAGAGAUGAGCUACUAAACCCUACAUUUGCUGAAAAUAGCGCAAUUUGUUUCCAUACGAAUCAUCAAUGAGGUUCUUGUAUGAUAAACACAAUAUCAGACAGGCACAGAUCAUCUUCUGCAACACAUAAAACCUGUAAAUAAAGCCACAGUGAUCUUCUGGA